CUCCCCCUUCCUGGCGCUCGGCGCUUUCCGCCGGAGCCGGCCCAGCCGCGCCCGCCGCCGCCGCCGCUAUGGAGUGAGGGGCCGCGCGGCCCGGCCCGGCCCGGCCGCCCCGCCCGAGCGGCGGCUCUCGCCAGGUGACUUCCCAAGAUGUCCCUCUGGAACAUCGUCUCCCACAUGCCACCGGAGGAGUUCAGUGGCCUCUUCACAGAGUUUCCCCGCAGCCUGCGCUGUCUCCUGGCCGACUGGCUGGAGAACCAGCCCUGGGAGUUCAUCAAUGGCUCGGACGCCUUCUGCACCAGCAUGGCUGGUGGGAUGCUCUCAGCCAUGCUGGAGAAGCUCCGCAGUGCUGCCGGCAGCGAUGGGCAGCAGUGCCAGAUCCUCCAGCAAGUCAACAGCAUCGAGAAUGCCUACCGGCGGGACCCGCUGCGGCUGGUGGCUGUCCUGAAAGCGAUCCUGGAGGGUGAGAAGACCGCCGUGCUCAAGAGGGACUGCCACCUGCCCCUCAGCUUCCACCGGCGGCAGGAGGAGCUGAAGUUCAGCCGGCUGCAGCGGCUGCAGCACCGUGUCCGUGAGAUCCAGGCGCUGCGGGAUGGUUCCACAGCCUCUCUGCAGCUGAACGUGCGGGACCCGCAGCUGAAGCCAGAAGCGAAACCCCCAGAGAGUGAGCUGCCCGCCCUGAUCCUGGAGGCCGUGAAAGAGCUGGAGGUGGCCAAGCAGCAGGUACUGAAGAGGAUCCAAAUCUGGAAGAGACAGCAGCAGCUGGCAGGGAAUGGGGCCCUCUUUGAGGAGAACCUAGCUCCGCUGCAGAAGAGGUGCGAGAGCCUGGUCGAGGUUUACUUCCAGCUGCACCAGCAGGUGAUGGCAGCGAGCGCAGAGCUGGGGGCUGAGCUGCUGCCCCGGCUCCUGGAGCGGUUCAAUGAGGUGUUAUCCAGCCUGGUCAAGAGCUCCUUCCUGGUGGAGAAGCAGCCGCCGCAGGUGCUGAAGACCCAGACCAAGUUCCAGGCGAGCGUCCGGUUCCUGCUGGGCCCCCAGAUGCUGAAGACAUCGGCCAAGCCCUACAUGGUGCGGGCUGACAUGGUGACGGAGAAGCAGGCGCGGGAGCUGGCGCUCAGUGCCUACAGCAAUGCCCUCAGCGAGAGCACGGGGGAGAUCAUGCAUAACGUGGUGGCUCUGGAGACCAACCCCACCAGUGGAACCUGCUGUGCCAACUUCAAGAAUGUGCUGCUGAAGAAGAUCAAGCGCUGCGAGCGGAAGGGGUCCGAGUCAGUGACAGAGGAGAAGUGUGCCGUGCUGUUCAGCACCAUGGUGGCCCUGACCCCCAGCAACCUCUCCGUCCACCUCCAGGUCCUGUCUCUGCCCAUCGUGGUCAUCGUUCACGGGAACCAGGACAAUAAUGCCAAAGCAACCGUGCUGUGGGAUAACGCCUUCUCCGAGAUUGACCGGGUGCCCUUCGUGGUGGCUGAGCGGGUGCCCUGGGAGAAGAUGUGUGAUACACUGAAUCUGAAGUUCAUGGCGGAGGUGCAGACCACUAAGGGGCUUCUCAAGGAGCACUACUUCUUCCUGGCCCAGAAGAUCUUUAACGACCACAGCGCCAGCUUCGAGGACUUCCAGAGCCGCAGCGUCUCCUCUCAGUUCAACAAGGAGAUCCUGCCUGGUCGGGGAUUCACCUUCUGGCAGUGGUUUGAUGGAGUCCUCGACCUCACCAAGAGAUGCCUCAAAAGUUACUGGUCAGACAGGCUCAUCAUCGGCUUCAUCAGCAAGCAGUACGUCUGCAAGCUCCUGAGCACGGAGCCUGACGGGACCUUCCUGCUCCGCUUCAGUGACUCGGAGAUCGGGGGUGUCACUAUCGCUCACGUCAUCCGGGGCAAGGACGGCUCCAGCCAGGUGGAGAACAUCCAGCCCUUCUCUGCCAAAGACCUGUCCAUCCGAUCCCUCGGUGAUCGCAUCCGGGACCUGGGGCAGCUCCGCAACCUCUACCCCAACACCCCCAAGGACCAGGCGUUUGGGAGUCACUACAACAAAGAGCAGACGGGCAAGGAUGGCCGGGGCUACGUCUCCACCGCCAUCAAGAUGACAGUGGAAAGCGAGAGGGACCAGCAGCCCCAGAGUGCUGCAGGGGGCCCCCCCGAGGCCCCCCAGGCUCAGAUGUUCAGCCUGCCCCUGCUGCAGCCUGAGCUGCACCCAGAGAGCCUGCAGUCAGUACUUGGCCCCAUCGGCCCUGCUGCUCCCUUCUGCCCCCAGCCUGUCCCCACGGGCUACCCCACAAGUGAAAGCAACAUCAACAUGAUGGUCCCCGACAGCCUCGGGUCCUCCUUCCCCAGCACAUCACCGAUGCUCUCGCCGCCCCUGGUCAUGGACCCUGUGCUGCCUCGCUGCCAAGACCUUGCCUUCAGGAACCCUUUGCCCUUCAUGCCCGACCAGUACAUGACGGGGGAGGCCUCGCAGCUGCUGUCUGGGGGCCCCUCGCCGGAGCCACAGGAUGAGGAGAUGCCCGAGCUGGCUCCGUUCACGUCGAUGGUGGACCCACCGCUACAGAGCUCCCCAAGGUGGAUGCCGCCCAGCAUGGACAUGCCACCCAGCUCAGACUUCGACCAGUUCCUGCAGGAGGUGUCCCUGGAGGGCCCCACGCUGUGCCCCCCCUUCACACCCCCCCUGCAGCGCAGCGGGUACCCAGCCCCAACGCAUCUUGCUGGGGACUGGGGGAGUCUAGGUGGGAUGACAGUGUCCGGCCAGGGCACGCAUGAGGAGGCUGCGGGGCUGCUGGGGCGGGGGGGAGUUGGACUGUGACACCCCCACCCUUGUCUGGGUGCCUGGACUUGAUACAACUUGUGCUGGGGAGGAAGCUCUGGCAGGGGAGGGGGGG